CGCCGCCAGUCCUAAGGCUUGAGCGCGAGGCCUUGAGGUUUGAAGAGUGGUGGGCAGGAACCUGCUCCGUAUUAGGUCGUCGCCCACGCCCAUAAAUAACCAUGCACGCCAUGACAAGGCUAACUUAAGGCCGCAAUGAUGUCACGCUGUGUGCCUUUUGCGUAGCAAGGAUCCAAUGUCUCCGGCAUACAGCAUGGGGCGCAUAGUAACGUUCGCUGCACACCAUGUCAGCAGCACAGGAUCCCUACGGUCAAGGACAUGGGAGCUCGUUGGUCGCAUGGGAGAAGCUAGCUCAGGCAAAAGCCAGGGGAGCGGAAUACGACUCGAACGAGCGUCGGCGCUUUUCUCAGUGUCUGCCAGGGACACGGCAGGAGCUGCUGACUGCGCUGUAUGGUGCGAUGACGGAGGACACCAAGCAGAUCGUCUGCCUCGUCGGGGAAUCGGGGUCGGGCAAGUCGAGCGUCGCGCAUUCAAUGGCCAGGCAGUUGAGCUCGCAGGAUCAGCUGGCCGCGACAUUCUUCUUCUCUCGGACAUAUGCCGGCCGGGGCGAUAACAGUCUUGUGUUCCCCACUCUCGCGUACCAGAUUGGUCUCCUCCAUCCUAGGGCCAAGUGGGCCAUUGUGAAAGCCAUCAACGAUGAUCCGGAGCUUCUUUCCAGUACGAAGUCUCGGGCAGAUCAGCUCGAGCAUCUCGUGAAGGCGCCUCUGAGAAGUCUGCGGCUCGUUUGGGAAACACCAAGGAAAAUGAUCUUCGUCGCCGUCGACGAAGGGGUGACGGGAGACGAGACCUCUCUCGAAGCGCUCAUUCUCGCCAUGAACGAACUUGUCCGCGACUCAAGUAUUCCACUUUCUCAUGUCCUGGUCACCAGCCGCCCCUCCCUACCGUUCAAUACCUUGUCACAAAGCUUGGCGUCCCAGGGUCUCCUUACAACAUUCGACAUACAGCGUUUUAGCUACGAGCGUGACAUAGACAUCUUCCUCAAACAUUUCUUUGACAAGAUCUACGACAUCCGCGAUCUCACCUUUCUCCACUCAAGACUAUGGCCGUCUUCUACUUCGAAACCGCCGAAAGCCCAAGCGAGUGCCUUGACCUCAUCGCGAAGAUGUGAUGGAGCCGUCGAUACUAUCGACCUCGACCUCGGUGACAUUGACUCUAUCUAUCGAUACGUGCUCACCUCGCUCGAGGACCGUUAUCGGCGAUCUGGAGCAGAGUACUUGUCGAUCAUCGUCGCCCUGGCGAAACCGUUGACGCUAUCUGAUAUAUGUGCAUUGUCUGGCACGGACGUUCUGAAGCACAUCCUACACCUCUCGGCCCUUGUAGACAUUCCUCCCAACGCCAUGCGCUCUUCCGUGACUGUGUAG